AGUUCGGUGAGGACACCUUCAACCGGGCCAAGCUGCUCAACGUGGGGUUCAUGGAGGCACUCAAGGACGACGAGGAGUAUGACUGCUUCAUUUUCAGCGACGUGGACCUCAUCCCCAUGGACGAUCGCAACCUCUACCGCUGCUACGAGCAGCCGCGGCACUUUGCCGUUGGCAUGGACAAGUUUGGGUUCAGGCUGCCCUAUGCUGGCUACUUCGGUGGUGUCUCUGGGCUAAGCAAGUCCCAGUUCCUGAAGAUCAAUGGCUUUCCCAAUGAGUACUGGGGCUGGGGAGGAGAGGAUGAUGACAUCUUUAACCGCAUCUCCCUGAACGGCAUGAAGGUGUCGAGGCCCGACAUCCGCAUUGGGAGGUACCGCAUGAUUAAGCAUGAACGUGACAAACACAACGAACCCAACCCGCAGAGAUUCACCAAGAUCCAGAACACCAAAAUGACGAUGAAGCGGGACGGGAUCAGCUCGCUGCAGUACCGGCUGGUGGAGAUCUCACGCCAGCCCAUGUACACCAACAUCACGGUGGAGAUCGGCAGGCCACCGCCCCGCCUGGCCCGCGGCUAGUGCUGGUGUCACUGGGAGCUCCUGUGCCCGGGCUGGCUGGGCACAGCGGGUUUUGCCCCAGCUGAAGAGUCAGGACUGGACAGGGAUGUUUUCUGCCUACUCUGCUGCCUUCUGGAGACGGCUGCCCCCCAGCCGGCCCCUCAGUCCCCAGGAUUUCUGUCCCCCCCACCCCCACGAGUGUGUUUGCAGGACCCCUGCCCCAUACGUGGUGUGUUGGCGGACGAGCCCGGCUGCCCUGUGAGCAGCUCCCGGCACAGAGGGAGGGGGCAGCCCCAGGCCUGGCAAGGAGCCCCCAGCCUAUGCCAGCUCCUGCCUGCACCGUGGGUGGGGAGGGUGAGAUCCCACUGCUCUGUGAGAGCUGGGGAUCCCCACCAGCGCUGUGAGAAGCGGGGUGCAGGCUUCCCCCUUUGCCAGCGCUGGAGCCUCUGCUGCCCCAGCUGGGGAUGGGAGCAGCCCAGGCCCCCCAAACAAGCAGGCAGGAUCAGGGCAAGGUUGCUGCCCUGGCCGGGCGUUGCCCACGCUGCUGGACAUGCAGACGUGGCUCGCUGUCUUCCUCUGCUUUAGUCUGGUGCUUAGAGCCGGGCCCUGUCUCAGCUCUGCCAAACAGAGACCUCUGGUUAGCAAAUGUCCCUCGCUGUGCCUCAGUUUCCCCAGGGCUGGGGGGAUGGUGGCUGUAUCCCAUCCCCCUUCUCCAAAGGCAGGUGCUGUGUGUGUGUGUGCAGCUCCUGCCUGCACCUGCUCUCACCUGCCCUCCCCGCUUUGGCGGGGGGAAUAGGGCUCAUUUGAAUCCCACAGCCCCUCUUGUUGGGGGCUGGUGCAGCCUCCCUCUAGCAGGGAGGGGAUCUUCCCCCUUGGAAUCUCCCCUUGUCUGCCUUAUCCCUUUCAGGCUAGGGGCAGGGGGGCUGCAGGAAGGAGCAGCUGGGGCAUGCAGGGCAGGAGCCCUGUGCCCCUCCAUGGGACUGGGAGCCCCGGCAUCCUUGACACCCCACGGGGCGCUGGGAGCAGUGGGGUUGGGAGCAGGACAGCAUGCCAGGGCUGGGGGGCACCGGCAACUUUUGUACAUUUGAAUGUCUGACCCUUUUUUCAGCGUACGUUGAAUGCAGCGUUCGGUCGUAGAGACCGGGGGUUUUGUAUUUAAUAAAAGUUUGAAAAGUUGG